UGUUGCAAAUUUUGUAAACAGAGAAUGUAUCGGAUAGUGUGUUGAUUUUUUAUUUUUGAAAAUCAUGAAGCGAAAAUCGAAGGAUAGUAGCGAUUUAGAAAUCGUCAACAAGGUAUGAAUAAACAUCUCAUUGGUAUGGAACCGUAUAAUUUUGAAAUUCGAUGAUUGUUAGGCCACCAAAGAGGAUGAGGUUAAGCCUGCAUUUCAUUACUCUGACAACAAAGAAAGCUUGUAUCGACCCCCUACUUCAGAGGAACUGAACUCAUUGAAAGAGACCGAAAGCUUGUUUCAUUCCAGCUUACUUCACAUGCAGAUAAAUGAACUGCUUGCUGAGGUUUGCCUUCGCAAGAGAAAAAAGAAGCUAGAGCAGACAUUGCACCUUUUGAAUGAAUUGUUAACAUCAUUGCCGGAUGGAGAACAACAGGAUAUCAGUGAUCUUAGUUGGCUGCCAAAGAAUGUUCAUAUUCCCCUUCCUUCCUUGCCUGGUCCAGUAAAAGGAAAGUUCAUCUUUAAGAAACCAGAAUCUGUAAAUGUUAUUGGCAGUUACCAACUUGGAACUUUGUGUAAACAAUAUAUCAAUAUAGACCUGGCAGUCCAGUUACCCAAGAGCUUAAUUCACAGUAAAGACCAUCUUAAUCUACGCUAUCACUACAAGAGGGGUAUAUAUUUGGCAAUACUUGCUUCAUUUAUUAAAAAGAGCAAGCUCUUCAAGAGUGUUGCAUUUUCCUGUCACAACGGAGAGUUAUGGAAACCUAUUCUUUUAUUGAGACCAAAAGGACAAGUUGGUGAUAAGGUAAUCAUCAAGAUUUUUAUAACCCUUGGAAGCGAUGCUUUUAAGUUGGCAAGAAUGUCUCCUAAAAUUAACAAUCUUCAAUAUAAUUGGUUCUUCGGUCAAGAAAACGGAAUGGUUGAAACGGCAGACCCCGUACCAGCAACGCCACACUAUAAUGCUACGAUUUUAACGGACAUGUUAAUGGAAAAACAUCUUCAUUUUCUCUACGGGAAAUUGGCUCAGCACCAGUCUCUUAUUGAUGCCAUUGUGUUGUGCAAAAUCUGGUUACGUCAACGACAUCUAGACGAGGGACUUCAAGGAUUCAGUGGUUUUCAUUGUGCUAUGGUCGUGGCAUAUUUACUGCAGAAACAUCAAAUCAGUCCACACAUGAGCUCUUAUCAGAUCAUCAGAAUUUUCUGGCAAUUCCUAGCAACUAGUGAUUUAACAACAAAAGGCGUUUCGAUGGUAGAAGGAAGUACCUCUGACGACGAACGAAUGCCAUCGAUAACGGAUUUUCAUGGUAGUUUUGAAGUAGUUUUUGUCGACCCCUCUGGAGUGCUGAACUUGCUAGCUAAUUCGUCAAAAACGACAUUUCAGCAGCUACAAGUGGAAUCAAGGCGCGCGUUGGAUAUCCUUCAAGACGAAUUUGUUGACAGUUUUCAUCUUUUGUUUAUGAAAAGCAUGCCGCUGGUCACAAGAUAUGACGGCUUCUUCCGGCUGAAAGAUGUUGAUGAGUUAAAGAAUGAGGUGAAGAAGAAGCAGCUUAAUUCUGAAUUGCUCGAUUUCUCAGGGGACUGGUUACGGGUGGGCUUGUCUUGGCUCGAAACCCUUCUCUUAAAGGCUCUCGGAGAACGAAUUGACAUGCUUUUCGUUUGGCCAAUAAGUUUUCCCGAGUGGACAUUAAAACAAGAGCCGCCUUCAUUAAGCGAAUGUUCCAUUGUUGUUGGAUACCAUUUGAAUACAGAUGCCGCUCACAGCGUCUUGCAAAAGGGACCAAAUGCAGACAAUGCCGAGGCAAAGGAGUUUCGUGAGUUCUGGGGCGAAAAAUCUGAACUUCGUAGAUUUCAAGAUGGCACUAUUUCCGAGGCUGUUGUUUGGGAUUGUGAAAAUGCAUGCGACAAACGAAAGAUUUGCCAAAAUAUUAUAAAAUACAUCCUUCACAGCCAUGGCUGUAUCGAUCCUUCGAAUAUUCUCUUCACCUCGGACGGUUUGGAUUCUUUGUUGAAACAAAAGGUCAAACUAACUUCUUCCAACAAAAAGAACGACAAGCAUUUUGAAAACGGCACCGGUGAAGAAGCGAUCCAAGCAGUCAUACGAAGCUAUGAAUCUUUAGUUAAACUACUGCGUCAGUUAGAUCUGCCCCUCGCCGUUCACUCCAUUCAAGGGUUGUCUCCUGUGUUACGUGGAACUGAAGUUUUUCCUGCAGUGCCAAUGAGCGUACGAGAAAAUGCUGAACAUGAUAGUCUUAAGAGGACAACCUUACCUGUAUCCACUGAGAAAUGUCCACCUUGGUGUCCCGCGAAUGAAGUAUUAAUCCAGUUCGAAACGAGCGGUCAGUGGCCAGAUGACCUUGAGGCAAUUCAGAGGAUAAAGGCAGCAUUCCUUCUGAAUAUUGCGAGUAUUCUGAAGAAUGAUCAUCGUCUUUCUGCUGUAGCAACCACACAACAUGUUGAUGUUCUCAAGGAUGGUUUCGUUUUCCGUGUCAAGUUAGCGCACUAUCGAGAAAUGGUGUUGUUGAAAAACGGCGAAGGAAAUGAAAAUUCAGGGGCUGUUAUGGAGAAUUCUGGACAAGAACUGGAGAGAAUUCUAGUGCAUCUGCCACUUCUCUCUAGUAUUAUCCAUGGAAUUCAACAACAAUAUUCAUCCUUUGGUGGCAGUGUUCGACUGGCCAAGCGCUGGGUCUCUUCCCACAUGUUGUUGUCCUACUUUCCUGAAGAAUGCAUUGAACUAAUUAUGGCUCAUAUAUAUCUUCACCCAUUUCCCUACACUACGCCUGCAUCUCCAACUACGGGUUUUGUAAGGUUCCUUUAUCUCUUGUCGACGUUCGAUUGGAAAAACAGUACAAUGAUACUGAAUUUCAACGAUUCGUUAAAAGCCGUAGAUUGUCAGGAAAUACAAUCGCAUUUCACUAACAACAGGAACAGGUUGCCAGCUAUGGUAAUUGCCACACCGGAGGAUAAAUUUUCUUCGUAUUGGACAAGAAAAAGUCCUUGCUCAAUGAUUCUAAACCGUGUCACUGUGUUAGCGAAACAGUCAUAUUCUGUCCUUCAAAAUACGUUGUUGCACUCUGAAAGCAGCACUGACGAUUUCAAGUUAAUAUUCCGCCCAUCGUUAGAAGAUUACGAUGUAACAAUCUUACUCCACGAAAGAUUAAAUCCCAGACGUCAUCAAGCGGUUGAUUCAACCAAGAAUUGUGUAUAUCACAUGAAGCCUUUUCCAACGAUGUCUUUACCUGUUGUCAAUUUUGAUCCUGCGGAAUGUUAUUUUGACGAGCUUCAGGAAGCUUUCUCAGACGUGGCAUUGUUUUUUCGCGAUACCUAUGGUGGGGACAGAAUUGGUGUUGUGUGGAAACCAGAAAUUCUUCAGCCGACUCAGUUCAAGGUUUUUGGCAGUCAGUAUCGAAUUCCUACCGAAAGUAACAACCAGAUGAAAGGUGCUAAGAAUACUGUCGUUCCAAAUAUUCAAGCCAUUUUGUCGGAUUUUCAAAUUAUUGGCCAAGGACUUGUAAAGAAUGUUGAAGUGAGAAAUUUGCCAGCGAAAACGUUUUCAUAAUUUCUAUACAUGGUAUAUAUACGUAGUAUAUAUUUAUAUUUACAAUAUAUUUUCACCACUACAAGCUACUGCCUAGUUAUUUGUUA